CGAUAAAAUAAUCAGCGACCGAAUUGGACAACUGUAUAUCUUCGUAUAUAUGUAUGUGUACAAUUCAGUUCAUUAUGACAUUUCUCUCCCUCGGAUGACAGAUUAGCGAACAAUUUGCGAUUGGCUUUCACGAUUAUAUUGUGCAUGCGGAACUCUCGCGUCAUUCAACGAUAACGUAAACACGAACUUAGUAUUUGAUGAUUGCAUGCUGAUUAGAUCAUUACUGUGCCUAUCGAGGAACGCGAUUACGUGUAUCUGAUAGAGACUUGUCAUUGUCUUGAUUAGCUACGCUAAUGGUGAAAAUGACACCGUUGGACGAGGGAAGGAUCAGACAAGGCCUGGCUAAGUAUCAAAAUCCAGAUAUAACAAAGAAGCAUGUAGUGAGCGUCUUGAACCUUUACAAAGGAUUGGUUUAUGAAAUUGAACCUUUUGUUUUCAAUGAUGGCUCACGCAAAGAUUUGGUCAACGUACAAGGAACCAUACCUGUUGUUUAUAAAGGGACUUGCUAUAAUAUUCCAAUCUGCAUAUGGUUGAUGGAUACACAUCCUAACAAUGCACCCAUGUGCUAUGUUAAGCCAACAGCAGAUAUGCAUAUUAAAGUUAGUAUGUUUGUGGAUCACAAUGGUAAAAUCUAUUUGCCAUAUCUUCACGAUUGGGUGCCUCACAAUUCUGAUUUGCUCUCUCUAAUUCAAGUUAUGAUUGUCACCUUUGGAGAACAACCUCCAGUUUAUGCCAAGUCGAGAUCAGAAAUGCAACAGAGCUCUACACCAUAUCCUGUUCAAUCAUUCAUGCCUAUACCUGGUAGUGGGAAUGUAUCGAAUUCCGGUUUCCCGCCAUAUCCACCGAGUUCUCAAUACUCUGGCGGCAGCAACGUGUAUCCACCGUAUCCGUCUACAGCAUCCGGGGGAUUUCCAUAUCCGGGUUCUUACAGUUCUUAUGCUGGAUCUACUCCUAGCUACCCGCCACAAGGCUACAAUGGUCCAUAUCCGCCUUAUCCGCCAGCCACACAGCCGUCACCGACAAUACAAUCAAGCUCUGGUGGUUCGGGCACGAUCACGGAAGAACACAUAAGGGCGUCUCUGCUAUCUGCAGUAGAAGAUAAACUCCGACGUCGGUUGAAGGAGCAAUUCUCGCAGCUACAGGCGGAACUUGAGACGCUACGACGAACGCAGCAAGAACUGACGAGCGGCUCGUCGCACUUAACAGAUCUGUUUGAGAAACUCAGAAGAGAGAAGCAGGAACUGGAGAAGAACGUGAAUAUCCUACAAGAUAAGGAGGCAGAAUUGGAGAAAGAGAUCGCUAAGCUGUCCGAUAAUCAAUCGAUAGACGUUGACGAAGCUGUAACUACUAUAGCACCGUUGUAUAAACAGAUGCUAAAUGCUUUUGCCGAAGAAGCGGCUACAGAGGAUGCUAUUUACUAUCUCGCCGAGGGCCUGCGAUCCGGCAUCAUAGAUCUGGAUGCGUUCUUAAAGCAAGUUCGACAAUUGUCGCGCAGACAAUUUAUGUUAAGAGCGCUGAUGCAAAGAUGUCGACAAAAAGCUGGUUUGGCCGGUUGAAAAAUGCUCCUCACACCUUUUGUUCUAGAGAGUGUUGCAAUAUUUCGUUUCGUUAUAAAAUAUCUCUUACUUUGUGGUGAAAAUUGAAUACAACUUUUGCCAGUAGCAGAAGAAUAUGAGGGAUUAUUUUAUCGACAAUAAACUCCAUCUUCUUCUGCUCACAAUGGAAUGAAAGGAAAAUCAUUUUACAUAAAGAAAUAUUUAUAAUAAAAAAUACAUAUGUUUAAUGAAGAUACAGUAAUUAUUGCACAUUCGAAUGUGGAUAUAGAUGAUAAUUCUUUUCACACAAGACUAUACAAUUAUACAUAACUGCAUGAUUAGAUUAAUUAUAUUCGCAAUCUGCGUUUGUGAAAAAUAAAUGCUAGCCUUUAUUUUCUCAAGGUGCAACAAAAAUCAUUGUGUACCUGUGCUAUGAACUUUUAUGCCUUCAUUGUGAUAAAGAGAACAAAUAAACUUAUGCGCAAGGAAGUA